AUGACUCUUGAGAAGACAUCCCGAAGCAUCGUCCGUUACCUUCGUCAGAACACAGCUGCCCCGAGAGACUCCGCCGGAUAUGUCCAGCUACUGGUCAUAUGCCAGUUAUUUCAAGUUUCGAGAACUGCUGUCCUGGAAAUAGUGGAGAGAGUUGCCAGAGACAGACUGAACCUAUCACCUUGCCAACAACUGAUCAGGGCAUGCAGUGGCCACUCCACAGACGACGUUGACGUAGGGAACAUCAGCCAGUAUCUAAUCACCGACUACAGGGACGUCCGCUACUGUGUGCACGGCACUACUAGAUCAGCUUACGAGAACAUCAAGAUGUCUGGCCUCAGCAGGAUGAAGCGACAAAUGAUCCAGUUCGCAGACUGCAAGGCUACGGUGAAACGGCAUUCAACCGUUCUAAUACAUCUUGAUGUGAAGCGAUAUCUUGCAAAAGGAGGGAAACUAUACCGCCUUCAGAAUGGAACCUUGGCAGCCCCUGGAAACGCCAAAGGAAUGGUGAAGACAAGCUUUUUUCACCGGGUGCAGUUCUUAUGA